ACAAGCCCAUCAAGAUAAGUGACAAAUGACAAUGGCGCUUAGUACUCAGCGUCUUUUAUUUUAUUGACAUUAUUUUUGAUAUAUUAUACUACUCAAUUUAUGGUGAUUAUUAAUAUAAAUUGUCUAAUAAUUAAAAUACCAUCAUGUCAAAAAAUAAAGUGACACCAGAAUGGAAAAAACGAGUGAAAUCAGAGUACAUGAGAUUACGACAAAUGAAAAGAUACAAACGUGCUGAUGAAGUUAAAAUUGCAUGGAAUCAGAAUAGAAAAUCUAUGACUGAUUUAUUAACAACUGAGGAAAAAAGAUGGGCUGAUGGAAAAGCAAUGUGGCUUGCAAUGCAUGAAAUACCAUCUCAUGUAUCAUGCAUGAAAAAAGCUGAAAUAUCAAGUUCUGAAAAUGAAAUACAAAAUUGUCCAAUUAAAGUUUUAAAUGCUGUUACACCAAUACCAACAAUGUACACCUGGGCACCAAUACAACAAAAUUUUAUGGUUGAAGAUGAGACUGUAUUGCACAAUAUUCCAUACAUGGGUGAUGAAAUAUUGGAUCAAGAUGGUACAUUUAUUGAGGAAUUGAUUAAAAAUUACGAUGGAAAAGUUCAUGGUGACAGAGAUUCAGGAUUUAUGGAUGAUUCAAUAUUUGUUGAUUUAGUAAAUGCAUUAAUGAUUUCGGAAAAAGAAGAAAAAGAUCGUGAAUUAACAGCUAAAAAAACAAGAGAUCUAACAAAUAAUAAAGAUGACAAAGAAAAAGAAAGACGAGAUCCUGACUCAAAGCCAAUUGUUAAAAUUGAAAAAAUUGAUGAUAUAUUAGCUGGUAAAAAUACACCACCUCCAAAAGUUCCAUCAAUGCAAAUAUUCAGUGCAAUAUCAUGCAUGUUUCCAGACAAAGGAAGACCAGAAGAACUUCGUGAAAAAUAUAUUGAAUUAACAACACGUUCUGAUCCAAAUGUAUUACCACCAGAAUGUACACCAAAUAUUGAUGGUGUAUGUGCUAAAAAUGUACCAAGAGAACAAACAAUGCACUCAUUUCACACAUUGUUUUGUCGUCGAUGUUUUAAAUAUGAUUGUUUUCUUCAUCCUCGCAGGGAAAUAUUAUCAGAAGGGCUUCAAGUUUGUCACCCAGGACCAAAUUUACAAAAACGUAAAGGACCAGAUUUAAAGCCAUUUUCUGAACCUUGUGGUAUUGAGUGUUACAUGCAUUUGGAAGGAGUUAAAGAAAAACUUGCAGCUGAGGCAGCUGAUACAAAAGAUGAUGAAGGUGAUGAAAAACGAGGACCUCGUAAAGUACGUAAACAAGCAAGUGUUGAUUCUGGCAAUGAGGCUAGUAGUGAAGACAGUAAUGACAGUAAUAAAUUUAGUCAAGGUGGAAGUUGUCAAGACUUCAAACAAAAUGUAAAUCAUGACUUAAAACCAGAAGACAUGGAAGAAGAUGAAGAAGAAGAACAAGCACAACCACAACCAGAUCAUCAAAGUCCAUUUACAUUACUUGGUCUUGUACCACGUACUAAAACAGAAAGUGAAUAUUCAUGGACUGGAUCUGAGCAGAGUUUAUUUCGUUCACUUCAUAAAGCAUUUCCUGGUAAUCCAUGUGCACUUGCACAAAUAAUGUUAACAAAAACAUGCAAAGAAGUUUAUGAAUUUACACAAAAAGAAUCACAUGAUAUACCAGCAAUUGAAAGUAUGAAAGAUUUUACACCACCACGUAAAAAGAAAAAGAAGCAUCGUUUAUGGUCAAUGCAUUGUCGUAAAAUACAAUUAAAAAAAGAUUCUGGUGCAAAUCAUGUACAUAAUUUUGCACCAUGUGAUCAUCCUGGACGUCCAUGUGAUAAUUCAUGUCCAUGUAUACAGGCACAAAAUUUUUGUGAAAAAUUUUGUCAAUGUAGCAGUGAAUGUCAAAAUAGAUUUCCUGGUUGUCGUUGUAAAGCACAAUGUAAUACAAAACAAUGUCCAUGUUAUCUUGCUGUACGUGAAUGUGAUCCAGAUCUUUGUCAAACAUGUGGUGCUGAUCAAUUUCAUAUAACUAAAAUAUCAUGUAAAAAUGUUAGUGUACAACGUGGUUUACAUAAACAUUUAUUAAUGGCACCAUCUGAUGUUGCUGGUUGGGGUAUAUUUUUAAAAGAAUCUGCUGGUAAAAAUGAAUUUAUAUCGGAAUAUUGUGGUGAAAUUAUAAGUCAAGAUGAAGCUGAUAGAAGAGGAAAAGUAUAUGAUAAAUAUAUGUGCAGUUUUCUAUUUAAUUUGAAUAAUGAUUUUGUUGUUGAUGCAACACGUAAAGGCAAUAAAAUAAGAUUUGCAAAUCAUUCAAUUAAUCCAAAUUGUUAUGCCAAAGUCAUGAUGGUUAAUGGAGAUCACAGAAUUGGUAUAUUUGCCAAAAGAGCAAUACAACCUGGUGAAGAAUUAUUUUUCGAUUACAGAUAUGGACCAACUGAGCAACUUAAAUUCGUUGGAAUUGAACGUGAAAUGGAAUUUUUAUAAGCAUGAGUAAGAAAAAAACAUUGAAAAAUCAUCAAAAUCAUGUAAAUAUAAAUAAUCAAUCAAAUUGACUAAUUUUUUUGCUUUUUUUUUCUACAAAAAUGUAUCGAAAUUAUUUAUACAAAACAAAAAUUGUGUGAUGUUAAUUCAUCAAAAAAAAAUUACGAAUAAUUUAAAAAAAAAAAAAAAAAUGUUAAUUCAAAAUGAAAUAAUAAUUAAGUAUAAUUAAUUAAUCAUUUUUUUUUUUUUAAAUUAUACAAAUCUAUUUACCCAAAAACAAACAGAAAAAAAUUAAGUGCCGUUAAAUUAUCAAAUAGUUAUUAAUUUAAAAAAAAUGAUAAUAAUAAUAAUUGUAUCUACUUGAGUCGUGUAGAGUAAAAUAAUAAUUAAUUAGUUAAUUAGGCUAGUUGCUGCAUGUAUAUACAGCAUUGUUAUCUUUUAUUUUUACUCUAAUUUUUUACUCUUUAAAAUACUUAGUGUUUUUAAACGACUAAACACGAAUAAAUAAAAAAGAAAAUAUUAUUUGAUGAAAUAAAUUUUUUAACAUUAGAAUUUAGUUGAAAAAUAAACUUUCAAAGAAAAAAUAAAUUACCCAGUGGUAACAUUGUGUAAGCCAAGUUUUCCCUUUAUAUUAUCAUUAUCUUUUUUUUUUUUUUUUCUAUUUUAUUUUACUGUAUAGCCUUAUUUUCGUACACACUCAUACGUUUUGUGUAGUUGAGCUUCCACUGAAAAGCUUACACGCAGCUUCUGCCACCAGUUGCAGACAUCGCGCCAACGUGAACGCGCGAUUCUCUUACAAUUUUAUCGUAACAUUGAAAAUUGUAUCUACUAAAUUACCAUCAUCAAUGAAUAGCUAUUUUAACUAGAUUAAAAAAAAAACUAAUUAAUAUUUUUUAAAGUUACCAGGAAUAAAAUUCUAUGGAAAUUUGUUUUUUUAUUUUUUUGUUUAUAAAAGUACUUGUUUAAGAAUUUUUUUUUUGCACGUGAAAAGUGUAACUGUAAGAGUGUUUUUGUAAAUUUAUUUUAAAUAUAUUUGUCAUUUUAUAUAUUUAUUAUUCUUUUUUAGAUUUAUUUCAAAAACUACGUGUGUUUAGAUGAGAAAGUCGGUCAACAGACGAAUAAUUAUUGCCUGACAGUAAAAAAAAAAAAAAUUAAAUUAUUAAUAAUAUUCUAUUAUUCUAUUAUAAAAAAUAAAUUGUUUUUUGUUUUAUUGUUGUUGGAAGUAGUGCAGUUAUAAUAAUGAUGAUGAUGAUGAUGUAUUACAUGAUUGAGAGUGAAAGAAAAAUAUGAGAAGAAAAGACAACAAGAUAACGAGUAAAUACUGUAAUCAACAAAGGUAAACGGGGAAAAACACAAAACUCAUGAAAGUUUGGAAAUUGAUCACGU